AUGACAGUCGGUUCUGGCACCACCACCAUUCCCAUCCGGACUCAGCCAUCUGAUGUGACCACCGCACACGCUUUAUCUGCGGAAAGCUGCGACACCGGGACCCAUGUUGGACUGAGAGCCUAUGAGGGCCAGUAUGGCUCAUGUGAAAAGGCCCAGACCCAGUUCAAAAGCUCCCAGCCUCUCCUUGGACCCUGGAUUCACACCAACCAGCCUGGAGAUCAAUGA